AUGGUUUUCAAGUCAAAUUUUGUGCCUAUCAAAUUUUCUUUGCUUGUGUUUCUGAUGAUUUUCUCAGAGGUUGCUGCUAGGGAUAUGCCUGCUCAGCCUUCACACCAAUUACUCAAAUCAAAUGAAGCCCAGAGUACAACUGGAACGUUGAAUGACCCAAUUAAGCCCCAAUGGUGGAAUCUCGCGAAAUCGCUAGCAGAAAUGGCUGCUUCUUAUUGCAUAGAGUGCAAUUGUUGUAUUCCUGGAAAAAACUGA